AUGCCCUCUAUCCUCAACGACGACGAUAAGGAUACCGUCAAGCGCUUCGUGCCCAAGCAGUCCAACAAAAUCCAGGCCGUCGCCGUCGCCAAGCUCUACGUUGCGUAUCCCAAUCGCUCGAAAUGGACCUACACGGGACUGCAGGGCGCCGUUGUGCUGGCCAACGAUCUGGUCGGUAACACCUACUGGCUCAAAUUGGUGGAUAUCUCGCCAUCCAACCGCGGGGUCAUCUGGGACCAAGAAAUCUUCGAUUCAUGGAGCUAUAACCAAGACCGAACCUUUUUCCACACUUUCGAAUUGGAGGAAUGUCUCGCAGCGCUCAGUUUUGUCGACGAGAAGGAGGCCAGGCAGUUCAAAAAGAAGAUGGACGAGCGAGAAAAGAACGCCAGCCGAGCCACGAGAGCCGCUCCUUUUGGCGGAUCCAACCAGGCUUCAGGAGGCCAGAAGCAUAGCCUGCUGGGCAACAUCUUCCACCGACAUUCGACCGUGUCCAUGAUACCGGACACUGCAACUUCCAAUUUGUCCGGGUUUUCCCACAACUCCGGCUCCUCUGUUAGCUUGAACGAUAACAAGGGCUCUGAAUUUGCUCUGCUGGACGCUUUCGACCCCCUUUGGCGAGAGCAUUUCGGCCAGGAUCUUAGCGACAAGGGCUUGAACGAUGACUUUAUCAAGGACAACCAAGAGUUCAUUGUCGACUUUCUCCGUGAAGAACAAGCCAAGCUGGCCAAUGAGGCAGCGCCGCCGCCACCACCACCCGCCCUGCCUUCACCUUCGACCAACGGCCUCGAAUCAAGAACUGUGAGGGCACCGCCUCCACCUCCACCCGCCGCCGCAGCAGCAGCCGCUGCUGCCCUGAACAGCUCUCCUUCUGCACGGAGAGCAGGGCCUCCUCCCCCUCCGGCCCCUCGGCGAUCGGGCGGCCAGAAGGUGGACAGGACCAAGAUCAACGACCGCAGUGCAGCGUCUGUUGGUGGAGCUUCUGGCUCAGGUGCGGGAGCUGCUGCUGCCCCUGCUGGACCGGGAGGUGUGCCAAAUGCUCUAGCAGCAGCUUUGCAGAAGAUUAAAGACAAGGCUAGCAAGAACGAUGAAGAGGAAGAGGAAGAUGAUUGGUAAAGAAAUUGAGAAUGUAGGAGAAGAAGAUGAAGAGAUAUCUACGCCAUCAGGCACCAUAAUUCUGGUGGCUGUCUGGGGAAGGGGAAAGGGGGAAAAGAGAAGAAUGAAGUUCCCAAGUCACAGUGUUUCAAUUAUACGAGGUACACACUAAGCCAUCUGGCUUGUUCAAAUUUCAACGAGAUUCUCGCAAUUCGCGGCUACUACAAAGUAGGGUUAGUCAAGAACUCAAGGCUACAGACAAAGAGAGAGAAAUAUGAUGGAAGGUGGUUUUGUUGUUUAAUUUUGAGUGAAGGAGGCGGGAUGAGUGAGUGGAGGCCCGCGUUACAGGAGUCACGGAGUUGUGUGCUUGGUUGGAGGGUUAUUUGAUGUCAUUACUCGAUAGAUUGAUUUGCUUCAAGUUACUUUGUAGCAUAAAGAUACGUUACCGGGGGAGUUUCUCUGCCUUGAAGAUUAGGCGGAGGAAAGGAGGGGCGGGUGUAGGAGAGAAAUAAAAUCAAAGAUUGCAUAAAAAUUAUUGAUGAAAAGAAAUAUUGAAGAGAAAGGUCACACAGCCGAUGAAGAUAAGAUACCGAUAAGACAAGUCGCACCGCAUAAAGAGUGCACACCAAAUGAUGAGUUUUUUAAGUGGUCAUUGCUAUUUAAAAAGCGGAAAAGAUUUACAUUGCAAGCAAUUCUUGUAUCAAGACGGCAAAAACAUGAACGUGUGAACGGACUUAAAAGCACCAAGUGACGAGCCGCGCCGUCUCUCCCACCGCGGCCAUCUAAAACCUCCGCCCUCGAAAAAAGAAAACUGUCGUGGGACCCAGCGAACACCAGCAGCAAAAAAAGUGAGAAACAAGGUAAAAGUGCAAAAAAAUUAAAGAGAACAUUUGCAAGCUCUGAAAAUUUUCCUGCCUUGCGCUCUCCGUCUUUGGUGCCGCGGUCCAGAAGGGUUUGAGAGAGAAGACAGCUGUGCCAAAUCCCCCCCAAGGGUGCGCACAAUAGUGGUUGGCUCCCUGCUUCCUUUUCAUUUUCUCCUUUUUCCUCAAUUUGGAGCGCACGGUAAAAGGGAAAAGAGCAUAAAUGGGGAGAAGUUUUGCAAAAGUUGAUGUGGUGAGAGGCAUGAGGCUGUAAGGCGAAGUGGUCCAUUUCUCUCGACAUGUUUUGAUCCCCCUGUCAGACCCAGCGAGCGGGGGACGGGGCGCUCAAAUGUCGUCAAUGUCGAGCUCCUUCUUCUCGUCGCCGGACUCGUCAGAUUCGGACUCGUCGGCGCCGAACUCGAAGCCGGCAUUGUCGUCGCCGUCCUGGCCGUAGGAGUCGGUCUCGUUGAUCUUGGCGUUUUCGGGGAGCUCGCCCAAGUUCUUCAGGUUACGGGCCUCGUCGGAGGUGUACUUGAGGAUGACGUCGCCCUUGCCGUCGCCCUG